AUGGCUUCUGUGUGCCGCAUCUGGUCGUGGUUUUUCGAUGUUUCGAACCCGAAUGAUCCCAAGCUGCGCCGGUGGCUUCAUCCCACUUGCGCGCUGGCAUUUAACGCUGGGUUGGCUCUCGUAGUCGCCGUUGCUGCCUUUUUGGCAGCGCCUUCCGAGUUUCACGAGCUGUGGCUGCAGCGCCAGACUCCUGCAGUCGCUCACUUUGCGCAGCAUUUGACAGACUGGGCGACGUCUGUAGGCCUCGUUUCUUCGCCUGCUUUCCAGUGGCUGCGACGAACUGCUGCAGCGCUGCUCCUGCCUCAAGAAUUGAUGUUUGAUCGGAAGCAAGCAUUCGCAUUGUAUACGUGGGAUAAGGGUAGCAUUGAUCCCAAAUCUCUGGGAAUUUUUCUGGCGGUCUAUGUAGCUUUGAUGCUUGCCAGUCGACUCUACGAAAAGGGUGCAAUGAUGCUCUACGACGCGGCUUGGGCGUGCAACUUGUCGCUGGCUCUGACUGCUCUCGCGCUUUGGCUAAACAUUCCGCUACUCGUCAGCGCGUGUUCCUGCUGGGUGGCUGUGGAUCAGCUGCUCUGGUACGUUGACUCUCUCUCUUUUGUAGUUCGCGGCCGCUUUCUCGUUGGCGUUGCCAAAUAUCUCGCCAACAAAGACACACCCUGGACAAAGAAGCUCUUCUCCACGCAUCACUUAUGGUUCAUUCCGUUUACUACUUUCGUGAACCUGAAGUACGCAGAUGGGCACAGCCCCUGUUGUCUGUCGGUGUCGAUGUUUCUGUCGCUAAUGUGCGUCCUGGGAAGCCGCUGCUGCACGCCUUACGCGGUCUGCCAUCCCGAGCCAUCGACACGCAGCAAAGCCGAAGAUUCUCGCCGCGAUGUCAAACCUGAGAAGUCCUCAACGGACGUGUUGAACGUAAAUGUCUCAUGGCGUUGUUGGGCAGAUGUGACGCAUCAUCUGCCAUUCCUUGGAAUGUUUGACGACAAGCCGUGGUACAUGUUUGUGGUGUGGAACCAGCUGAUAUGGGGCCUUGGGAAUUGCUUCCUCUUUGGCUUGUUCCUAACUGCCUCAAACCUCCUCAGACACUAA